GGUUUCUGAUAAUCUGAAUAGAAGAUCUGUGAUUGUACAAUUCCUUCCGAUCACAUUCAGACAAGUGACCAAGGGAUAGCUGUAUAUUCUUCUGAUUUGUAUAGCUUCAUUUCUCAAGGCUUCAAACUCAAGCCAUUUGGAAGCUGUGAGUAAUCAUACAAGAAGCUUCCUGGAAAGUGCCAUUAUACAGUUCUCUCUAUAUAGCAUCAUUCUCUUCCUCACCAAAGAUCUCCAGUCUGCUACAUUCUUUUUCUUCUUGGUAUUCGAAUUGGUUGAGAGCUUACAACAAGCAUCAUGGCCUCAGAGGAGCAAUGGACAUUAAUGGAGAACGGCCAUGGCAAUGACAGCAGCUUCAAGGGGUCGAGCAAGGAGAUUCGGCACGGGAGGACUGCGCACAACAUGUCAUCGUCGUCGCUGCGCAAGAAGUCGGACCUCAAGCUUAUCUCCAAGGUGCCGUUUCAACGUCUCAGACUGUGCUUGGCAAACAUCCAAGAGGUCAUCCUGGGAACUAAGCUCUCCGUUCUCUUCCCAGCCAUUCCUCUAGCGAUUAUUGCUGAAUAUUGCAAGUUUGGAAGAACUUGGAUCUUUGCGUUGAGCUUGCUCGGCCUCACUCCACUUGCAGAGCGUGUCAGCUUUCUCACUGAACAAAUUGCAUGCUACACAGGCCCAACAGUUGGGGGGCUUCUCAAUGCAACAUGUGGGAAUGCCACAGAGCUCAUAAUAGCACUGUUUGCCCUUUACAAAAGGAAAAUACAUGUGGUGAAGAGCUCCCUUUUGGGUUCUAUUCUCUCCAACCUUCUUCUUGUCCUUGGGACGUCUCUGUUCUGUGGAGGAUUAGCUAAUCUCAAAAAGGAGCAGAAAUUCGACAGAAAGCAAGCCGACGUGAACUCGCUCCUUCUGUUGCUGGGUCUGUUGUGUCACAUACUGCCAUUGAUAUUCAGACAGGCCGCGAGUUCUGACAUAGUGGCAGCAGUCUCAACUCUGCAGUUGUCGAGAGCGAGCGCCAUUGUCAUGCUGAUAGCCUACGUUGCGUACCUCUUCUUCCAAUUGAAGACCCAUCGCCAGUUGUUCGAAGCACAAGGGGAUGAUGAAGAUGGUGAUGAUGUGACUUCUGAAGAAACAUCUGUGAUUGGAUUCUGGAGUGCAUUUGCUUGGUUGGCUGGAAUGACAGCCCUCAUAGCUAUGUUAUCAGAGUAUGUUGUGGGUACAAUUGAGGCUGCAUCAGAUUCUUGGGGUUUGUCUGUAAACUUCAUUAGCAUAAUCUUGCUACCAAUUGUUGGAAAUGCUGCAGAACACGCAGGUGCAAUAAUCUUUGCUUUUAAAAACAAGUUGGACAUAUCUUUAGGUGUUGCCUUAGGGUCUGCUACUCAGAUAGCAUUGUUUGUGGUUCCUUUAAAUGUCAUCGUUGCAUGGAUAUUGGGCAUCAAUAUGGAUCUUGAUUUCAAGUUCCUUGAGACUUCUUCUCUUGUUUUAACAGUAAUUAUCACAUCCUUCGCUUUACAGGAUGGGACCUCCCACUACAUGAAAGGAUUUAUUCUUUUGCUCUGCUAUGUGGCUAUUGGGGCCUGCUUUUUCGUUCUCAAAACGCCGCUUCACCAAACGAGCAUCCCCAAGCUUGGAGUGGAAUCAUCAUCUGCAGGAGUCUUGGCAGCUUAACAGUGCAGGCUUUCAACUUUGGGGUUACUCCUUCAUACCAUGGCAAAUUAAAUGUCUCUGAAGAAGGGAUAAGUUUUAUCAUUCUUUGAUUUCUAUUGGCUUUGCCGGUUCCUGAAGCAUUCUGCAAUUUACAUUGUAUUGUUAAUAGAGGAUUUUGUGAUGAACCAAAAGCUCAAGUGAAGCAGCCAUCGAAGUGGUGAUAGACUGUGAAGACAAAUGAUACAAUCCAAUCCUGAAGAGGAGCAAAAUACGCCACAGAAUUCAUAUAUAGCUUCCUACAUUUUGGUGUAGCAUGGAUUCUCCCUGUAGCUAUUGCUUAUUUUUGCUCAAGUAAUACUAAAUAGUAUAUAGGCUUGGUUUCAUUGUCUGGAGUACAGGGGAAAUUUUCAUUCUGAUAUUAUUUUACUUGAGCAAUUGCUUUGUUUAUUUUUGAGUAAUAUUUAAUAAAUGAAAGAAGUUCUUAUAA